CCAGCGAUCAUUGCGCUCCUCCAGGCGUUGGCGAGAGAGACAGCUAAAGUUUGUGGAAGUUCGUUGAAAUUUUGAUCGAAUUUUGACGGAUUUGGCACUAUGCAAGCUAUCAAAUGCGUCGUCGUUGGCGAUGGUGCUGUAGGAAAGACUUGUAUGCUCAUUAGCUACACUACAAAUGCCUUUCCUGGAGAAUAUAUUCCAACGGUUUUUGACAAUUAUUCUGCUAAUGUCAUGGUAGAUGGACGACCUAUCAAUUUGGGACUUUGGGAUACAGCAGGUCAAGAAGAUUACGAUCGGUUACGUCCCCUAUCUUACCCACAAACAGAUGUGUUUCUGAUCUGCUUCUCAGUGAUAAGUCCUGCAUCAUUCGAGAACGUUAGAGCAAAGUGGUACCCAGAGGUAAGUCAUCACUGCCCAGGCACACCUAUCAUCCUUGUUGGCACUAAAACUGACUUGAGGGAAGACAAGGAGAUGAUAGAAAAGCUAAAGGAAAAGAAGCUUAACCCUCUCUCCACCUCACACGGACUGCAGAUGGCCAAGGAGAUCAAGGCCGCUAAAUACCUAGAAUGUUCUGCAUUAACGCAAAAAGGUCUCAAGACAGUGUUUGAUGAUGCCAUCAGAGCUGUGCUAGAACCCAAAAAACCACAGAAGAAGAGAAGGAAAUGUAAUCCAUUGUAGGUUAGGAAUGAACCAUUUAGCAGGUAUAUAUUUCAAAUGGGUGCCAAGAGGAAACGUUACAACCAAUGCUAGGGGGAGUUUGAUGGUGUCAGUCUUUUUCAUAAAAAUGGUGACAAGGAGAAUGUGUAUAGUAAGCACAAUGUUCUUGAGAACAAGAUCAGGAAGUAUGUUGAGCUGUGAAUAAUGGUCAGUAGUGCUGUUACUAAUGGUAAUUGGGGCAAGAAAGAUGGUAAUAAUAGUGAAGAAGAUGGUGAUGAUGAUUGUGAGAAAGCUGGUAAUGUUGGCGAUGAAAAUGGUGAUUAUGAUGUUACUAUGAAGGUAUUAUGAUUAAGAUAAUAAUGACGAUAACAAUGAUGCUUACAGCAUACUUUUAUUGCAACAUUUCCAAAUUUAAUACAAUUGUUAAAAAUGAUUACAACGGCUGAUAUGAGAUUAUAUUUUUGUACCAUUUCAAGCAGUAUUGUUUUGGAGGUAUUAGCCUGACAAUACAAUACCCCCUGCUGGUAUAUUAUGUUUCCGGUACCUGAUUUGUAGCUAGCCUGAAGUAAGAUGCCUAGAAAGGUCACCACAUGUCCUCUAGAAUAGUUAAAAUAUUUACCAAUAACCUUCACAUUUCUGAAUUAUUCCCAUUUCAAAGGUAUGAUCUUCGAUGUAACACUGAUCCAAAACAACAUUGUUCCACUAAGAAGUCACAUAAAUAAAUUAUAUGUUUGAGAAGCCAGUAACAUGAAGUUAGAGCUCAAAAGAGCUAUCCUAGUUUAUUGCAUGCAACACACUAUAUGAAGUAGAGUAUACAGUACUUCAUUACAUUUCUAGAUAAUAGGCUCCUUGCACUGAGAAAUCAUGAACACAAAAAUGCCAUAGCUGUCACACCAGAGAGCAAUGAAAAUAUGAGGUAUUUAAAUGAAAAUAUGCCCUUUCUGACUUGGUGUUGUUGUUUUGUUUUUAACAACCAGACUAGGCUCAAGUUUGACACCAAAAAAUCACAUGAUUUCUUAGUCUAUGUCGCCUAUUGUAGAAGGCUUUUUUGUGUUUUUCUCACAAUGCUUCACUUUAUGUUCACUGGUAAUAAAAAUGGUGAUUAGGGGGAUUAGGCCACCAAUUGUGCUGAUAUCUAGGUUACUAUGGUAACUGGCCUAGACAGGUUCCACUGAAUGAACUAAGAAAAUUAUUGCAUUUUACUUCCAAUAUUAUGUAUUGUGUAUAUCUUUAUUUUUUCGAAACACUUUUUGGUCUCUUGCUUUGUCAGCAUUUAGUGUUGGUUAAUUGUUUCAAAUCCAAACUUAUGAAAAGAGGGUGCUUGUUUCAUAAGGAAGAUAAUUUAAUAUACAUGGCCUUAAUUGUGAAAAGUAGAUUUGCAAAACCAUCUUUUAGGCAUUUGUUUUAUUGAUGGGAGUAACAAAAGUGUCAGAUCAAUAAAUCACAUAGUUAUUUAAAAAUGAUCAAGAAUUUGUAUGAAAUCUUCUAGUUGGAACUGACCCUCUUUGGUUGCACGUUGCUUGUGUUUGCUAAAUAUUCUUAAUAAGGUAAUGUAAUAUUACAAUCUUUCUGUCCAUUGAAUUCUCUAGUAUAGAUGAACUCAAAAUUGCCUUAGCUGCCCUUUAAUUUAUUUUCUUGGAACAAAUUUAAUUUAUUUAAGCUUAGAGUUAUCUUUAAUAACACUACUUUUCUGUACCAAUGUUAUAUUUGCUUCUUUGUUAAAGGAACUUGCUUAUCUUGCAGGCAAGAUCUAAAGCAGUGCAAAAUAACAACGAAGUCUAGACCAUUGACUAACACUACUAAUCUACAUUCUAAUUUAUUUACUGAUUAAAAGCUUGUAAAAUGUAGACUUAUAUCUGAGUGUAGGACUUACAAACACGUCAAUCCUGCUGCGAUUAACUUGACACUCCCAUACUUUAAAGGGCUUCGGUUUGACCUCUGAAUUACUAAAUAACCAAGAGAGUUAGGGUCAAACUAGCCUUGGGUGUGGUUCAGUUUUACAUACGCAGUGUUGAUGUUUCUUUGAAGCUGUCACUUAUAAUGUAUUCCAAGGGAUUAUAUAAAAUAUAAGUUUUUUUAGCACAUCUGUACCUGUCACUUUCCUGACCUGAAUAAAACAACUGCAGAUUGGGCUUUUUAGCAUUUUCUAUGUCCAAAAGAGGAAUAAUUUCUUCUUGAAAAAUGAUAGAUUCUGAAGCUUGUCAUUUUUGGGGGUUCUUGAGAUUUUGAAAAAACUUGAGACUCCUGCCUACUGGAGAGUUGACAGGUAUGAACAUCUUUUCACAAAUUUGUAUAGUAUCUAGUGGAAAUAGUGAUUGUUUUAACCUUAGUUGGUGUUUAUGUAUGUUCGAAUCAUAAUAAAGAAAACUCUGACAAA